AUGAAAUUUAUUGAAAAGGCCAAGUCUGAUUUCGAGACAGACAGUACCAUUAACACCAUAAGGAGAAAGGCUGGCGCCGCAUUGCCCCGGAUUCCUUCAGCAACUGGCCAAUACCUCAUCGAGAAAGUCCCAAUUGUACAAUGGGUUACUCAAUAUGACCCGAAAUGGAUUCUAUCAGAUUUCAUUGCUGGUAUGACCAUCGGGGUCAUGAUGAUCCCCCAAGCGCUUGCAUACGCCAAGAUUGCCACCAUCCCUGGAGAGUUCGGUCUAUACUCUAGUUGGCUUCCUGCAGCGAUAUACGUGUUCAUGGGCACAUCAAAGGAUCUAUCCACGGGGCCAACGUCUAUCAUGGGCCUGCUCACUGCAGAAAUCAUCGGAGAUCUCACGUCAGAAGGCUUCGCACCUGAGGACAUUUCAUCCGCUGUGGCCUUGAUGGUUGGUAUAUACUCCCUAAUGGUGGGACUGCUGAAGCUUGGGUUUGUUCUCGAUUACAUUUCAGUUCCAGUCCUGUCUGGAUUCCUAUCAGCUGCGGCUCUCACCAUUCUUCUCGGCCAAGUCGGAUCUCUGGUUGGCCUCAGCGAUGUCCCGUCCGGUACUGCCAGCAUCAUCAAUAACGUGUUCAGUCGCAUCCCUGAGAUGGAACCUCUCACCAUAGCCAUUGGAUUCAGCGGCAUUAUACUGCUCUACGCUUUGGAGUUCAUUGGCAAGCGUUGGGGAAAGAAGAGUGCUGUUCUCAAAUUCAUCUGCAGCAGCCGUGCCGUCAUUAUUCUUUUCAUCUUUACGACGAUCAGUUUCGUCGUGAACAAAGAUAAGAAGACACCUCUCUGGGCAAUCAGCAAAGUUAAGGCAAAUGGGCUUCGAGCACCGAGGAUGCCCGCCACCGACUUGGUUUCCAAGGUCACGACACGAGCAAUCGCACCCCUAGUAGCCUCGGCUCUAGAGCAUUUGGCGAUUGGAAAGGCAUUUGGGCGGAAGAACAACUAUGCCAUUGAUGAAAGCCAGGAACUAUGCUACCUUGGGGUAACAAACACAAUCAACAGCCUGUUCGGUGCUAUGAGCGUCGGAGGAGCCAUGUCAAGAACGGCAGUGAACUCGGAAUGUGGAGUUAAGAGCCCUAUGAGUGGUGCUUUUACUGCUGGCUUUAUUCUCUUGACGCUUUACAAGCUGUCUGGGGCACUAUUCUGGAUUCCGAAGACGACUCUAUCCGCAAUCAUUAUUAUGGCUGUCAUUCAUAUCAUCGGUCCGGUGUCCCUAUUUUAUAGAUAUUGGCGCAUGUCCUUUCCUGACUUCGUCGCCUCUAUGUUGUCAUUCUGGGUUACUCUAUUUGUUUCCACCGAAAUGGGCAUUGCGUUCGCGGUCGUAUUCAGUAUCGGGUACACCCUUGUUCGAUCAGCUUUCCCGAAAGUCAAGACAUUCUCCCCGACGAGUGGUAAGAGCAACAUGGUCCCGCGAACUAUGACAGCACCAGCGUCAGCUCCCGAUGAUGCCUUUGUACCCGACGACGCUAUGCUUAUCAGCUUUACCGACUCCAUCUUCUUCCCCAACGCAGGCCGUGUUAAGAAGUCCGUCAUUGAGUCUGUCAAAGUUCAAUUUGAACCGAGGAUGACGGCUGAGCAACAAGGGAAAACGUCAUCCGAUAGGUCAUGGAGUGUUGCAUCGGCCAAGCGCAUUGAGAUGCUGCGGAAGCGUAACAAUGUGGUACCGUCGAACAAGCAGAUGACGGUGAUGGUGUGGGACCUCACGCAUGUGCCCUUUGUUGACGUUACCGGAGUUCAAACACUGGCGGAGUUGAAAGAGGAGGUAAAACAAUACGUGGGAAAGCAAAUGGCUUUGCGCAUUGUUGGUAUGAACAACAAGGCUCGUCGACGGUUUGCUCGGGCCGGGUGGAAGCUUGUUGAGGAUCGUGAGGUCAAUGACGAAGCGCUAGAGGAUGUCGACGUUGUGUAUGAAAGACUUGAGACCGCCUUGUGGGACAGGAAUUACACAAGCGAGAGGGAGAAAGCGUCAUUGGAAGAAAGAGAGUACUACAACCAGCGGGAAUAG